AUUCACCUAAUUCAUGUAAAUCGUUCGAAGCGUAAUCAUGGACAUUAUCAGCACAAAAGUGUUAGUGGCAAUUCUGUUUGGAAUUAUACGCUUUGUUUUCGGAAUUCUUCCCAUUCACAUAUGCACCUGGUUAAAGAUAAGUGGAAACGUCGAACACGGUCAUCGUGUCGUCAACGAAACUAAAAGGAAAACCUUGAAUUGCUACGUGGUUUUAGUGCAAUCAUUUGGCGGGGGUGUCUUAUUUGCGACGUGUUUCCUCCAUAUGAUACCCGAAGUAUAUUAUUCCGUCCAAGACCUGAGAAAAUUCGGAAAGCUGGAAGGUGAUUACCCAUACUCGCAGUUGGUGGUCUCUUUCGGAUUUUUUCUGAUCUACUUUUUGGAGGAGUUGAGCCAGUGGCUUCUUGCGAAGGUUCCCAAAGAGCCUUGCCCUUCGACCAGCACCUCGUCGACCACCUCAGUCAUUUCAAAGGAAAACAAAAUCGUUCCAGAGCAACAAAAUGGAAAGAACGUCGACGAGGAAACGCAGGGAAACAUUAAUCCAUCAGUUGAGCUGGAGUUGAAUCCCGAAAUUAACGCGGAGCUCGAAGAAAUCAUCGAGGAGGAAAUCAAGACCAGGCAGCAGAUUUUCAGGUGCAUUCUAAUCGUUCUGGCUUUAUCGUUUCACGCCAUCUUCGAAGGCUUGGCGAUAGGUUUGCAAAACUCUGUAUCAAAUAUAUGGUAUUUGUUUACAGCUGUCUCCAUUCACUCGGCGACUAUCCUGUUUUGUAUUGGACUUGAAAUCUUUUUGGCGGGCACCAAGCCUAAAACGAUCGUGAUUCAUAUGUUUUUUUUAGCAAUUACGAGUCCCAUUGGAGUCGUCUUAGGGAUAACUAUUAGUUUAACAACUGAAAUGCACACGAGCGCUAAGUCGCUUGCCGUUGUAUUCUUGGAAGGUCUAUCGGCGGGCACAAUUUUGUAUAUUACGUUUUUUGAGGUACUGAGUCGGGAAAAAGAAAGAAGAGUUUAUAUUUUAAAGCGCGCUGUAUUUUUGGGAAUUGGAUUUUCCUUAAUGGCAGGUCUGGAAUGUAUCAAAAUUGAGUAAGUUAAGUACUUGUACUUACAAAAAAUAUUGGUCUUCCACGAAUAAUUACCAGAUGGCAAAUAUUUUAGUAACUUUGCCUUGUAGCUGUAGGUAAAUGUUUUGAACUGUGCUCCAGUGCUUAUUAUGAGAAUGAAGUAAAUUUAAUUUGAUUAAAUUAUUAAA